CCCCUCCCCUUCCCCUUCACAGCUUCACUCCCUCUUCCCCCUUCCACAAACUCGAGUCCAGCCGAGAGUUCUAGAAACUCAACAUUAACACUUCCCCUCCGGCCACAGCCUCUCUACCUCCACUUCCCCAACAAGCGCUCUUCUCCUUGGGCAAUCCCGCGGUAGCGAGCUCGAUCGGACCGCUGGGGUCCAUGCCCAUGGCGCUCCUCUCCGCCACCUCCCCCGCCAAGACGCUCUUCUGCCACGAGGAGCAGUACCCAGCGCAGAGCGGCCUCCUCCUCUCGGUCCCGCAGUCCAGGAAACAGAGGGCGCGCGCCAGGCUGGUGGCGGCAAUGCGCCCGGCGGGCGCGGCCGCCACGGAGACGGCCUCUACGGCGGCGGCGUCGUCGUCGGGGGGCACGAAGGGGAAGCCUCGCGUGCUGGUGGCGGGCGGCGGCAUCGGGGGCCUGGUGCUGGCGCUGGCGGCUCGGCGGAAGGGGUACGACGUGACGGUGUUCGAGCGGGACAUCAGCGCGGUGCGCGGGGAGGGGCAGUACCGCGGGCCCAUCCAGAUCCAGAGCAACGCGCUGGCGGCGCUGGAGGCCAUCGACAUGUCGGUGGCCGAGGAGGUGAUGCGCGAGGGCUGCGUCACCGGCGACCGCAUCAACGGCCUCGUCGACGGCAUCUCCGGCUCAUGGUACAUCAAGUUUGAUACCUUCACUCCUGCUGCUGACAGAGGGCUCCCGGUCACAAGGGUCAUUAGCCGCAUGACGCUGCAGCAGAUUCUUGCCCGUGCAGUCGGCGACGACGCUAUAAUGAACGAUUGCCACGUUGUCGACUUUACUGAUGAUGGCAACAAGGUCACCGCGAUAUUGGAGGAUGGGCGGAAAUUUGAAGGUGAUCUCUUGGUUGGAGCAGAUGGCAUAUGGUCAAAGGUGAGGAAGUCGCUUUUUGGCGAAACGGAUGCAUCUUAUUCAGAAUACACUUGCUACACCGGAAUUGCAGACUUUGUGCCUCCUGAUAUUGACACAGUCGGGUACCGAGUGUUUCUUGGUCACAAACAAUAUUUCGUCUCCUCAGACGUUGGUGGUGGUAAAAUGCAGUGGUAUGCAUUUCACAAGGAACCUGCUGGUGGUACUGAUCCUGAGAAUGGCAAAAAGAAAAGACUGCUCGAGAUAUUUAGCGGUUGGUGUGAUAAUGUCAUUGAUCUGCUAAAUGCAACUGAGGAGGAAGCAAUUCUUCGCCGGGAUAUAUACGAUCGGCCACCUACUAUCAACUGGGGGAAAGGUCGUGUCACCUUGCUUGGUGACUCUGUCCAUGCUAUGCAGCCAAAUCUGGGACAGGGUGGCUGCAUGGCUAUUGAGGAUGGUUACCAGCUGGCUGUAGAGCUUGAGAAGGCCUGGGAAGAGAGUGUCAAGUCUAGAACUCCUGUGGACGUUAUUUCCUCCUUGAGGAGUUAUGAGAAGGAGAGAAAGCUACGUGUUGCUAUCAUACAUGGAUUGGCAAGAAUGGCGGCAAUCAUGGCUACCACUUACAGACCAUAUCUAGGUGUGGGUCUGGGACCUUUGUCGUUUUUGACAAAGUUGAGGAUACCGCAUCCUGGAAGAGUUGGUGGCAGAUUUUUCAUCAAGGUUGGAAUGCCUUUGAUGCUGAGCUGGAUUUUAGGUGGCAACAGCUCAAAGCUAGAAGGAAGACCGUUAAGUUGCCGGCUUUCUGACAAGGCAAGCAACCAGCUUGGUCGAUGGUUUCAGGAUGACGAUGCAUUGGAACAAGCUAUGGGUGGAGAGUGGUACCUCUUCCCUAUGAGCUCUGGAGAUGACUCUGCCUUGCAGCCCAUUCGUUUGAUCAGGGAUGAACAGAGGACACUCUCUAUUGGAAGCAAACCAGAUCCGAGCAAUUCUGAUUCUUCGUUGUCGUUCCCCUUGCCACAAGUAUCAGAGAUCCAUGCUACUAUCACAUGCAAGAAUAAGGGUUUCUAUUUGACCGAUCUCGGAAGCGAGCAUGGUACAUGGUUUAACGACAACGAAGGCAGACGCUACCGGUUACCUCCGAACUUCCCAGUUCGUUUCCACCCUUCUGAUGCCAUUGAGUUUGGUUCAGAUAAGAAGGCCAUGUUCCGGGUGAAAGUGCUCAGCACGCUUCCAUACGACUCCGCGAGAGGUGGAGAAGUUCUGCAGGCAGCAUGAGUGGGGACUUCAGCGACACCUUGUCACCAGCCACUGUACAGCAUUCUUCAGUAAACAGCCGACACUGCAUCAUCGCCAAGGAAAGAAAAAGAAUUGUAAUUUUUGCACUCAUCCAGAUAUCCCAGAACAGGAUUUUGAAUAGCUUCUGACAGAAUUACUACGUUGCAGUUCUACGAAAAAGAACUGAGGGUGUACAAUAGGGGUAGGCAAUUUUAGCUGUUGCCACUGUAAUACUGUACCCAGUACAGUACAUUGUUGUGCCUAUUAACACGUGUUCAUACUGCAAGAUAGAAAAACAUGUUAAUAUUGCAUAA